UAGGAAGAAGUUGUGGAGUGAGGUGGUGUCGUCGCAGAGGAGGAGCAGCACCCGGACGCCCUCCUGGGACUUGUACUUGAGCAGGUCGCCCAGGCUCAUGUCCUCCACCGCCACGCCGCCCAGCGCCCCGCAGCAGCCGGACCCUGGUGAACGCCGACCAGCCCGCCACGUAAACGAGGUGCUGCGCGCCCAGCACCGCCAGGCACAGCUCCUCCCAGCACCGCCCGGGCUCGCCGCCCAGCUCGCCGGCCCCGACGUGUGCGUCCUGGUACAGCCUCAUGUCGCAGCCGCGCCGCGGCGGGAAGAACGCCAGGAUGCCGCCGGGAGGAGCCAGGGCGGCGGGGUGCUGCCCGCCGGGACGAAGGUGGCGGAGAUGCGGAUGGCCGAGCCCUCUCUGCGGCGGCGGCGGCCAGCUCCCUCGGUGGUGGCGCCUCGUGCGCCCCUCUCCGCGGCUCCCGCGGCGUCACCGGCGCCCGCGCGCCCUCCUGCGGCGGCGGCGCUCGUGCGCCCCUCCGCUCCCAGUCUCCCAGAGAUAAGGCCGUGGGAGAGGUGGGAGAGAUGAGAGGUAGAGAAUGAGAG